GGAACUACUUUCUCCUCUCCCAGCAGCACUUGACACUAGCGAUCGCCUGCUUGUGAUGCCCUUGUUAGCCACGCAGCUAACAUAUGUGCCCCAUUUGGAAAGAUGAAUUGAAUUUUAUACUGGAAAGAGAUCCGAAACUCAUCUAUAUUUGCCAUUAGUUGAUAAUAGCAGGAUGUUACGAGCCGGAAGUGUAGUUACCUGCAUUGCCUGCAAGGGUCUGCUUCCCUCCAGAAUGGGGGUGAAGUUCAGAGUCCCGUUGCAGAAACUGCACCCGCUCUCCCGAGCCAUCCAUCACCGCUACUCUGCUAACAACAACCCACAGAGACCACCUCACUGCUCAGCUGCCCGCCAUUACACAUCUCUCUCCAGGCUUCCCAUGCGUCCUCCCAAAUCACGCUCGGGAGGCCACGGCUAUCAACAGCACCGGACCUUCUGGGUGGCCCGUCUCGCCGCCAGACUGCUGAAACUGAGGUACAUCUUGCUGGGCUCAGCGGUCGGAGGUGGAUACACUGCAAAAAAGACUUAUGAUGAAUGGAAGGAAAUGCUCCCUGAUAUGAGUGAAUACACAUGGAUUGUGCCAGACUUUAUUUGGGAGCUGAGCGAAAAUAUAGAUUUAGACAAGCUAGCCAGUGCUUUACCUGAACUAGAAGAGAUAGCCAAACUACUACCUGAUAUGGAGAAGAUUGGAGAGAACUUCACCUUCCUGAAGAGCCUCCUCUCCAGCGGUUUGGGUAGUGAAGUCAAUGGAGCUUCUGGUCUGCGUCUGUUAUUAGAAACUACUGGCGAUUCAGCCCUGAGAGCACCAGAUGUCCCACCAGCAUCUGCGGCCAUGGCUGACAGCGGCGACAAGCAGUUCAAGAAGCAGGGGCUGCUCAGCGAACUCAUUGUCAUUCAGCAGCAGAUCCAGCAGCAUGAGGAGGAGAUGCGGCGGGCGGCAGCCAAUAACGCUCCGCCUCCGCCCCGUGACCCCAGUCCCAGCCCGGCCCCGAACCCCAGCCCCUCGCAGUCCAAACGCAAGUCAUCCGAUAAAGAGAAAGUCGACCAGCUUCAGGAGGAACUUCUUCGAACUCAGUUGAAGUACCAACGGAUGCUUGAGCGCUUGGAAAAGGAAAAUAAAGAAUUGAGGAAAGUGGUAUUGCAGAAGGAUGACAAGGGUAUUCACCAAAGAAAAGUCAAGAAGUCUUUGAUUGAUAUGUACUCUGAGGUCCUGGACAUUCUUUCAGAUUAUGACUCCAACUACAACACGCAAGAUCACCUGCCAAGGGUGGUGGUAGUUGGGGACCAGAGUGCGGGAAAGACUAGUGUGCUGGAGAUGAUCGCUCAAGCUAGAAUCUUCCCCAGAGGCUCUGGAGAAAUGAUGACGAGGUCUCCUGUCAAGGUGACGUUGAGUGAAGGCCCUCACCAUGUAGCAAUGUUCAAAGACAGCUCUCGGGAGUUUGACCUUGGCAAAGAGGAAGAUCUUGCAGCACUGAGGCAUGAGAUUGAGCUCAGGAUGAGGAAGAGUGUGAAGGAAGGUCAGACAGUCAGCCCUGAGACUAUCUCUUUAAGUGUUAAGGGCCCUGGAAUCCAGCGAAUGGUGCUUGUUGACUUACCAGGGGUCAUCAGUACUGUGACUACUGGAAUGGCUGCAGACACAAAGGAAACCAUUUUUAGCAUUAGUAAAGCUUACAUGCAGAAUCCAAACGCCAUCAUCCUCUGUAUACAGGAUGGCUCAGUAGAUGCAGAGCGCAGUAUAGUCACUGAUCUGGUCAGUCAAAUGGACCCCCAGGGCAAAAGGACCAUAUUUGUUCUUACUAAGGUUGAUCUGGCAGAAAAGAACCUGGCUAGUCCAAGCAGAAUCCAACAAAUAGUAGAAGGCAAAUUAUUCCCAAUGAAGGCUUUGGGCUACUUUGCUGUAGUAACUGGCAAAGGCAGCCCUAAUGAGAGCAUAGAUUCUAUUAAAGACUAUGAGGAGGACUUUUUCCAGAACUCAAGACUGCUGAAGGAUGGCAUGUUGAAAGCUCAUCAGGUGACCACAAAAAACCUAAGUCUUGCUGUGUCAGACUGUUUCUGGAAAAUGGUUAGAGAGUCAGUGGAGCAACAAGCAGAUGCCUUUAAAGCAUCUCGAUUUAACCUGGAGACUGAGUGGAAGAACAACUAUCCUCGCUUACGAGAGCUGGACAGGAACGAGCUCUACGAGAAGGCCAAAAAUGAGAUCUUGGAUGAGGUGAUCAGCUUGAGUCAAGUUACACCAAAACACUGGGAGUCUAUCUUACAAAAGAAGCUUUGGGAAAGAGUCUCGACACAUGUAAUAGAGAACAUCUACCUGCCUGCUGCUCAGACCAUGAACUCUGGAACUUUUAACACCACUGUUGAUAUCAAACUCAAGCAAUGGACUGAUAAACAACUUCCUCAUAAAGCACUAGAGGUUGCUUGGGAGACUCUGCAGGAGGAGUUUGCCCGCUUUAUGGCCGAAUACAAAGGGAAAGACCAAGAUGACAUUUUUGACAAGCUGAAAGAAGCUGUCAAGGACGAGAGCAUCAAACGACACAAGUGGAAUGAAAGAGCCAUGGACAGCUUGAGAGUGAUUCAACACAACGCUCUGGAGGAUCGUUCUAUCACAGAUAAGCCCCAGUGGGACGCCGCUAUACAGUUCAUGGAGGAAACGCUGCAGUCUCGUCUUAAAGACACUGAGUCAGUAAUAGCUGAUAUGGUGGGGCCAGACUGGAAGCAGAGGUGGAUGAGCUGGAAAAACCGAACACCAGAGCAGCACACCCGGAAUGAAACCAAAAAUGAACUGGAGCGUCUGCUGAAACUGCACGAAGAUCACACAGCAUAUUUGGCCAAUGAUGAGGUCACUACAGUGCGCAAAAACCUGGAGGCCCGAGGAGUAGAGGUGGACCCUGUAUUGAUUAAGGACACGUGGCAUCAGCUCUUUCGACGUCACUUCCUGCAGAAGGCACUACUACAUUGCAACCUCUGCCGAAGAGGUUUCUACUACUACCAGAGGCACUUCGUAGACUCUGAGCUUGAGUGCAAUGAUGUGGUUCUGUUCUGGAGGAUUCAGAGGAUGUUGGGCAUCACUGCCAAUACUCUUCGACAACAGCUCACUAACACUGAGGUACGGCGUUUGGAGAAGAACGUAAAAGAAGUAUUAGAAGACUUUGGAGAGGACAAUGAGAAAAAAGUCCAGCUGAUCACAGGCAGGAGGGUUCAGUUAGCAGAAGACCUCAAAAAAGUUCGUGAAAUUCAGGAGAAACUUGAAGCCUUCAUUGAAGCUCUUCAUAAAGAGAAAUAGAGCCAGAUCAUCUUGUCUCUGGAAAGACAGACAUGCUCUUACACAAGAAAAUGCACUGAUCAAAAACCAUCAUUUUUCUUCUUUGCAAAGGACUUUCCUUCCAGCUUCUUCUCUUCUGUUUUUAACAGCUCCUGUUCUAUGUUUUCACAAAUGCACACACACAAAACACACACACUCUUCCCUCUUUAAAACAGUGAAAGUAAGUGCAUUAAGCUGGAGUCCCUUUACAUUUACUGCAUAUUUAUUCACUCUUGGACAAAAAGCACUUACUCUGCUAUCAGAAUGGUAAACAUCACAGCGCUAUGCUUUAUUCUUUCUUCACUCAAAGCUUAAAAACCAACCAAUAUUUGCACCAGAGAAACCCACACACAUCCAUCAUCUCUCAUCCCCCGUUCCCAAUAAAUGACUUGCCCCAGGUCUCUCAUUCCCCUGACUUUCUUUAUUUAAGGUGACAUCUAUGAAUAAGUGCUAAAUGCUGAAACGCAUCUUUACUGAUUGGCCUUGAUAGAGAAAUCUUUCAGAAAUGUUUUCUCACCAGAAGCUGCGAUUUCAUGUCUUGAUGCCAUCACAAGUCACAGAUCAACAUUUUUUUUUUCACCAAAAUGUAUUUUUUUUGUAAUUAUGUAGAAUCUUCUAUUAAUACAUACAGUCGUUUGUUACUCUCAUUGCUUAAUAGUCUCAAUUAGCUUAGUUUAUUAUGUUUAAUAAACUGUGAUUGGCUUGAUCUUGAGGAUGCAGAGUUAUGGAUACAUUAUGAAACCAGAUUAUAUCAUCUGCUGGAUGAAAACUUGUUCAAUACUUUGGUUCCAAACAUCAUUUUCAUUUUUUCUUUUACUACUUGAAAUGGAUCUUGUUUUUCAUCUGCCAUCUUCAGCUAUAGUGCACUUUUAUUUUUUUGCUUGCACAUUUUAUAUCUCGCUCCCUGGAUUCGAUACGAAAUCCACUUUAAUACCCUGCUAAUUUUGAGUGUAAGGGACACCACAACUCAGUUCCUGGUUGCUCAUAAAUGUAAAUGGUAAAUAUAUUUGUAAAGUCUCCGUGAAGUAAGUUCAUUCAAAUGAUCAAUCUGUUGUCACAAGGGGAAUUAUAUGAGUGUGGUGCUUGUAGCAGAGUAGAUGUUGGUUCAUUUAAGAAUGCUUCCCCUAUUUGCUGUAGAUUGUAAUGUUUGCAUGUUGUAUCCCAUCCGAUGUGGUUUAUUUAUUAAAUUGGUGUUAAAGAAAAGAAUAAUAAAAGUGACUUUAAAGUAUGCGAAA